GCCAUGAUUUCGUCAACGCGCAUUACGAGUCAGGUGAUCUAUGACUUUGUCCUGUCACCUGUCACACACCUUAAGCUUGUCGACGUUGUCGUGCGAAGACAAACAGUUGUCUUGGAGUUUCCUUCGUCUACUAAGGUCUCUGAGUCCCCUAAGGAAGAGUAGAAAAUGUCCCAAAUGAUGUCCCAGCCAAGUCAACCAGACAAGGCCAAACCUCUUUUAACAGCAUCUGUACACGACGUUCGAUAUUUCGCCUCCCUCCUACGCGGAAUUGGGUUUUCCAACCGAGCAUCUAUGAGAUUUACAGCCGGCAGUGGGAUAACCGUCACUGUCGAGGAAGCGCGAACACUGCUAGCAACGUCAUACAUCUAUGCGGACCAUUUUGACGAGUGGGCAUUCGACGUCGACAAUCUACAGGCUGCCCCGUCUCAGUUGUCUGCACCCGAUAUUGAUCGACACGCCACAUCUUUUGAAAUCCCUCUGAACACCUUACUUGAAUGCCUGAAUAUUUUUGGAACCGCGAACAUGUCUUCCUCAAGCAGUGCAGGCUCGAAGCACAAGCAGUGGCGGCGAGCCGAUGAUGCCUCAGAUGACGAGAGGGGUGACGAUGGACGGCGUCCUAAUGCCAAUCGUAUCGAUCAGCACUUCGGCGGUAACGAGAAGCGGACGAGCAUGCGGCUCACAUAUGCGGGACCCGGUCAUCCCUUGACACUUGUUCUUGCGGAAGAUUCAUCAGGGCCCACGACAACGUGUGAGAUAUCGACUUUCGAUUCUGAGCCAAACUUAGAGCUCCCAUUCGAUGCUGAACAGACUGCCCUGAAGAUCAUUUUCAAGUCAUCCUUCUGGCUCCGCGAUGCCCUUUCAGAGCUUGAUCCAUCUUGCGAAAAAAUAACGUUGAUUGCCAACUCUGUAGCAGAUGUCCAGAGCGCGCAAAGAGGCGUCCCCGCUAAACCCCUCUUUCGAAUACAGGGAACGGGAGCAUUCGGCAGCACCGAGAUGGACUAUCCGAACGACAGAGAGGUGCUAGAAACAUUCGAGUGUUCGCGUAGUAUCAGCUUCAGCUAUCGAUUUGCACACAUAUCGCGCACGCUGCGAGCUUUGCAGAACUCAACAAAGACCUCUCUUCGCCUUGAGCAGGAGGGUUUGUUGAGUUUGCAGUUCUUAGUGCCCGUGCCAAGGCCGCGGGGUGGGAUGUCAGAUUCUUUCAUCGAGUUUCGAUGUCUUGCUUUGGACGAUGAUGUUGCUCAGUAAACAAUGUGUGCCCGGCUGGUGUCACUGGAGAUAGUGGCAAGCUAUCGCAAAAAGAGGCAAGGCAUUAUGAUCUGUACCUCGGCUGGACCUGUGGAGACCAGUGCUUCAAGCAUCUCAUAUAGACAGGUAACAUGACCUGUAGUGAAUUUCGCGUGUACUCAUCGGUGUUCUGAAAUGAGUAUCAAUAGCCCAGAAAUCUAAGUAACGUCUACACAACAAGGGCGACAAUAUAACAUUUAGAGUAACCCAUCGAAGUAUUUGGCAGAGCUGUCUUGUACUUUCGUUGGUGAUAUGGGUAUUGGCGCAGCCUUCGGUGAAGAGAGUGAAGGAGGGAGGUAGUCAGCGAUAAUGGCAUCGAAGGUUGCUGGUGUUGUAAGUGCUAGCUAGGGUGUCAAAUGCUUUAUAACAUAAUUU